UUGUUUUCGUUUUGUAGGAUUCAUACCAUUUUCAGAAUCUGGAUAAUUAAACAUUUCAGUUACGGUACGAAAAGGUCAAGCUCUUCAAGGCGAGAUGAUGGUAAACGAGCUCGACAUGGCAGUGAGUCGGAUAAUGGCGAUACGAAGAACGAUGAUUUUUCUGGACCUAUGCUCACUUUCAAAAAGUUUUUAAUGACACAGGAUGAUGAUAUAUCUGACUCCGCUGCAUUGGCUGCUUACAACGAGUACAAGCAGGAAUAUAAAAGAAAAGAACUGCAGCGUUUCUUCGACGCUCAUAAAACGGAAGAAUGGUUCCGCCAUAAAUAUCAUCCAGAGGAAUCAGCUACGAUUCGUGAUGCCCAUAUGGCUGACAUCAAGAAGCGUCUCGAAAUCUUCAACGAUAUGAGAUCCAAAGGCUGCUUUGACGACCUAACAUUAGACCUUCAGCAUGCUCGUGAAAUCAUUCGCACUAUGGAUACUUUGGUAGUGCGCCUUGAGGGUGGCUCGGAAGAAGACGUUGAAGCGUUGAAAAUGAGAAAAUUGAAGACGAUUCGUUUGUUUGAUUUGCGAAUGAAGAAGGUCGGUGAAAAACGUAAGAAGACGUUGCUUCACAAAACAAGUUCUAUUUCAUGA